AUGGCCGAUAUCGGAUCCAUGUUCCAUCAAAAAAUGGUCGACAAAAAAUGUGAAGAAAAGCCUGCUAAACAGGUGGAUGUCUAUGUCAGUAGCCCCACACUGACCGCUCUUCUUCCAUCUAUCACACCUACACCUCUUUCACUUGCAUCUGUUGCACCUACAGCACAGCCUGUCAGCCUCACUAUGCCUAUGAUUGAACUGCCUUAUCCUGCUGCAGGACAGGACAACCAACCCACUACAGUGGGGGAAUACCCUCCGGCUUAUGAGACUAAGAGGAACCCAGGAGAUUGGGUACUCAUCGAGACCUUCUGUAGAACGUGGAAAGAUCCUAGGUUGGAGUUUGUUGCCAUCAUGGCCGACAUCAAAUCCAUGUUCCAUCAAGUUAAGGUCCUCACGUUUCUUUGGUGGCCAGGAGGCAACAUUAAUGGCAAUCUGGAGGAAUACAGAAUGGUGAUUCCGAUGCAGUUUAGCUGUACCAAAGGCUCACUGAAAUGUGUGCCAGAGUUACCGCUACGAUCAUCCCGGCACCGAGUCACCUCAUCCCGGCACCGAGUCACCGCUACCGCUACGAUCAUCCUGGCACAGAGUCACCGCUACCGCAACGAUCAUCGCGGCACCGAGUCACCGCUACGAUCAUCCCAGCACCGGGUCACCUCAUCCCGGUACCGAGUCACCUCAUCCCGGCACCGAGUCACCGCUACGAUCAUCCCGGCACCGAGUCACCUCAUCCCGGCACCGAGUCACCUCAUCCCGGCACCGUGUCACCGCUACGAUCAUCCCGGCACCGAGUCACCGCUACGAUCAUCCCGGCACCGAGUCACCGCUACGAUCAUCCCGGCACAGAGUCACCGCUACGAUCAUCCCGGCAGCACUUGCGGUGUCGCAGCGAUGAUCUUUCGGAGAGAAGAACUGCCGCAGCUCCUGGAGGAUGAGCCUGAGACCGGAGUGAGCGGACUGUCUGACAGCAACGGAGCAUGGAUGGAGGAAACUCCGUCUGACCUGCUGCUUGCCAGUGAGCUCCACUACAACACCGUGGAGGCUCGUGACAAUGAGGAGUCCUACAGUCCUGAUCAGGUAGGUAUCAAUUGUUUUGCAGGGGAGGAUGUACACCGGGGGAGGAGACGGAGGGAGCAGAUGAGUGAGGACAACACCGAAGAGGCCCCUCCUAGAAGAAGACAGCAUUUGGAGCAAGAAGAUGAAGAUGAUGAGCUGAUUGACUUCACUGGUUGGGAGAGGAGCUCGUCCCCUUCGUGGCACGUAUCCCCUACAUUGCCAUUCGUACCAGCUGAAGAUACUCCAUCCAGCAGGGCGAAUUUCUGGAUGAGGAUGAGGGAGCACAUGAGUGAAGAUGAGGACAACGAUGAAGAGGACCCUCCUAGAAGUAGACAACAUGAGGAGCAAGAAGACACUGAGAAUGAUUUGGAGAGGAGCUCAUCCUCCUUCUCCCUUACUUUUCACUUCUUUCCCACUAAAGAUGGUGCGAUUUACGUCCUUCUUGUCGUUAUCAGCAUUCACGAUGUAAUUUUGGGCCCGACUGGACUUGUACCCGUUUCCACUGACAUUCCUAUUAGUUUUCUAGUUACUCUUAACUAGUAGUAUGGUACUAGCAAUUACCAUUAGGUAAGAUCCAGUCUUAGGAUUUUACAAGUCUGGUAGCUAUUUCACCUCUAGACUCCAGCAUCAGUCUUUCUAAAAAUCUGUGUUAUGUAUUUUCGGACACUAGCCUUCGCUCAGUUCACUCAUUUCAUUUGUACAGUAGGAUUUGUAUUGUGCAUUUAGGAUAUAAGCAUUAAUCUAAUGUAUAGUUAUCAAAUUUAUAUAUAUUAAAUGUGUAGGCUAGACAUAUUAGUGCUAAAAUAGGUUAUGUCUAUUUUUAUGAUGUUUAUUAAAUACAAUAAACUUUUUAUUAAUGAUUGCAUUUAGUUAAA